AUGCGAGGGUUCAUGAAGUACUUUUAUUGGCAUGAAGGCCGUCUCCUCCCCUUCUCAAGACUGCCAAUGGUAUUGAAGGCAAAGAGCCACCUACUAAGAAUCGUUAUAUUGCGCAGGGAGGUAUAUGCUUUAAGACGGAGAUCCGAUAGGAUCCUUACCAGGUUUCAAGAGCGGCGGCGGAUGAGGGAGAUGAGGGAGCUGGCUGCUUCUUCUUCUUCUUUUUCUUUUGGUUCGCAAUUGCAGCCUAGCGUUGACAACAAUAAUAUUAUUGACGGCAACGACGAAGACGAGGAAGAAGAAGAUGAUGUUGAAGACAACGAAGACGACGAUAACAACGGCAAAAAGGAAUGUGUGAUAUGUCUGAGAGUAUUAAAAGAUGAAGUAAAAAUAAGGAAGCUUCUCUGUCAUCAUCGGUUUCACAUUGCUUGCAUCACCCAGUGGCUCAAACAACGCUCCACUUGCCCUAUUUGCCGACGAAGCAUCUUUCUGGGUAUUUCUUUUUCUGCACCCUGA